AUGGAAGCCACAGCUCUGCUCCAGCUGUUUCUGCUGUUCUGCCCCACAUUUCAAGCUCAUAUGAAAGUGAGCCCAAACCAGUCCCAGUUCUCCAAAUAUGACCCAGUGUCUCUGAGAUGUGAGGGCCCUGGACACUGGGCUGUGGUCAGAAACACGAGCAGACGCAGCAGGCAGCGCUGCGGACGGGACUGGGGCCAGUUUAAAGCUUCUGUGUGUACUAUCGGAGCUCUCAUUCCUGAUGACAGUGGUCUGUACUGGUGUGAGGGAGACGGACACCGCUCUGCACCACUGCACAUCAACGUACGAAGAGAGUCAACACCACUCACUGAUGUCAGCCACCUCCUCUACAGCCGAUCUCCAUCCCCGUCAGCUAAAGCCUCCCCUCCCUCAUCAGAGCCCUCUCCCUCCUCAGCAGAGCCCUCUCCCCCCUCACAGCGCCACCUAGGUGUGGCCUUGCUCAGUCACCUGCUGGUGCUGUGUCCCUAUGUGGUGUCCACUGUCCUAAUGCUGUCUCUGUGCAGACACACACGCUCAGAAGACUCCCCUCCCCCUUUGAGGAACAGCAACUUGUAA